CCUUUUAAGAGAGAUUAUAGAAUUUAUUGUCUCUAGCAAAGCGACUCUCGUUACUCACAUCUUACUCGAUAUAAUGAAAAUAAAAGCACAAACAACCGCUGAACUAUCUUUUUUGAUCACUUCUUAAUCUUAAUAUGAAAAUAACUUUGUUUUAAUAUUGAAUGUAGAAAUUUUUAUUUUAAAAACAGCAUAAACAAAAAUCAAGGUAAAGUAAUAAUUAUAAAUAAUAAAAUAAAUAAGAGCAAAAAUUCCAUUUCUUAAUCGAGGCAAAUCUUAGUGCUAAUAAUAAUUCUAUAUUAAUUAUUAAAUAUAUUUUUUAGACCUAAAUACCCACAUAACAUCGGACAUUCUAAGUAUAUACAUUUUUUUCCAUAAUGUAAAAAAAUAUCUUGUAUGUUAAUGUAUAUACAUCUCAUAUAUGUGGAAUAAAGAUAGGAAAUUUUAUUUUAAGUAGGCAUUAAUUUCGACUCGUUCAAAAUGUACGUUGACUAACGGAGGGUCCAAGAUCCGAGAUAUAACAACGGGCGUGGUAGAAAGAGGGGGAAAAGGAGGACUAGCCGAAUUUUCGAAGCGGAGCGGGGGGCUCUCUUGCGAUGUACGUCGAACGGUCAACACGUGUUAGAAGCACGACUAAGUUUCUCUUAUGAUCUCUCCGUGAUAGUGAACCUUUAUAACGAACUCUUGGAAUAUUAUAUGAAUUAAAGUUACUCUUUUUAUAUAACAAGUGGUGAUUCUAACCAUCCUAUCACACAAUUCCUACAACUUUUGGGGGCUCAGCCGCGAUUAUUACGAGAGUGUCAGGGAGAAAGAAAGACGAAGUUGAAAAAUGGCAGAAAAUGAAGACCAACCGCAGAGAAACGACGAACAAGAAGUGGAAUCGAUGACGAUGAUCCAGUUGAAGGCUGAAUUAAAAAGACGUAAGUUGAGGACGACGGGAAACAAGGCGGACCUUGUUGAGCGGUUUCGAGCAGCGAGGCUUCUCGAAAAUCAAGGAAGUGAAGACGACGUUGACGACGACGAUGAGCACGGUCAGACGGACCACGAAGACGAUAGCGAGUCUGAGUCGAGCGACGGAGCUGAGGACGACGAACAACGACGACCAUCCCGCGAGGUGACCAGCCGACGGAAGAGAUGCCUUCUGACUUUCAAAGACGUAGAGGAUUCUAUAGACACGUUUAGCGGUGACGACGGCAAGAGCAUAAAACAAUGGAUCAGGGACUUCGACGAGAUAGCGACUCUGUGCCAGUGGAACGACGUACAGAAAACGAUUUAUGUGAAGAAACUCCUUCGGGGGUCAGCAAAAUUAUUCGCAAAGUACGAGACGAGAGGAAAGACGUGGAAAGGCGUAAAGGCCGCGCUGAGGCGCGAAUUCGCCCGGAAGGUCAAUAGCCACGACGUGCAUGCCGAGCUGCGAAGAAGAAAGAAGAAAGCGGACGAGACUUACCAAGAAUACUGCUACAAGAUGAUGGAGAUCGCGUCCGCAGCAAAAGUCGAGGUCACGGCGGUAAUCCAAUAUGUAAUAGACGGUAUUAACGACGAUGAGGUAAACAAAAUCGUUUUGUAUGGCGCGAAAAAUAUUUCCGAGUUAAAACAUAAGCUAGAAAUUUACGAGACUAUGAAAAAUAAAUCAAAGUAUAAAACAGACGAUAGGAAAAAGAAACCCGCGCGGUUCGAGGUCGAAAAACAAGACGUUAAGCGUUGUUAUAAUUGCGGAGAUAAAAAUCAUUUGAGCGCAACAUGCCCGAAUAAGAGUAAAGGCGUUAAAUGCUUUCGGUGCGAGGCAUACGGACACAUUGCGGCGAACUGUCCGGCGGCGGAAAAUAAAAAGACGAGUACAAGUAAAAACUGUAACGCAACGCAUAGUCAAGCAGAUAAAUGUUAUAAGGACGUUAAAGUAGAGGAAAUUAGUCUACCGGCUCUGAUCGAUACAGGUAGCGAUAUUAGUUUAAUGCGAGCAGAUAAUGCUUUCGUCUAGCCAUUUCCGUAUCUGUUCGUCGAG